CGCAUCGAUUAGCUAGCUAGCUACCAUGGACAGAAACGUCUGCAUCUCUCUUGUGAUGCUUGCGCUUGUGCUCGCUGGCCCGGACACGGGGGCCGCGGCGGCGGCGGUCUACAACGUCGACCAGGCGGUGAUGCCAACGCCGUCGUCGUUGAGGAGGCUGGAGGAUGGCGUGCCGCCGGAGCUCGCGGUGGUGACGACGUUGGACGUGCGCAGCCGCGUCUACGGCGCCGGCGACAUCUCCAACGGAGCCCUGGACGCCAACAAGCCACGCUGUGUCCGUAACUGCCCGGCGCCGGCCGGUUAUCCGUACACGGGCCGGGGAUGCAACAAAUACUACGAUUGCCGUGUUUGACAAGGGCAGCGAGCCAGUGAAUGGAACGGCGGUACCGGCAAGCGGCAAGGAAUCCAUGUUCUAUAUAUUUCCAAUUUCAUUUUGCAUGCAUUCAUGUACCCUUUUUUAAACAUCUUCCUAUACCGUUGUUGCUAUCGCCAUAUGUCUUGAAAUAAAAAAUUUAGCAUGUCUUGAAAUAGCUUGGCAGUACGUCUUGUUGGUACGAUUUGUGAAGCCACCGAUGAUCGAAAUUCAAUGUUAUUUUGCGCCCCGUUUGUAAUUACACACAAGUGAACACGGAAAACUAUCUGUA